AUGGAAUCCAUUGUCCUCAACAACCCCAGUCAAUGGCCAACCUGGUAUAAGGUUUUCCAGGGUAAAGCCACCGACUUGGACGUCUGGGAGCAAGUGGAUCCCGGCGCCGAAAACCCCGAGAAGCGGAUGCCGAAGCCGGAGCCUCCGGCCUUCUCCGACUACAAGAAGAAAGGUAUACCGCGACAUACCCGCGGAUCAAUCAUCGAGGUGUCACAGACACUAGAUAUCGAAGAAGUUCGAUCGAACGAGACGGCUAGACGCCUCCAAGACCUUGUCAAGGAGGACCGUGAGGAGUAUGUACAGCUCCGGAGCGACUACAACCAUGAUAUCCGUAUCUACGAGCGUGAAGCGGCUGCUCUACGAGAGCUCCGCAACUGGGUCCUAUCGACAGCAGCCGAGAAGUACGUCAAUGCGUGCUGUAAACCUACGGAGACCCUCCAAGCCUGGAUGGUCAAGCUGAAGGGCGUGGCCUCGAUCUCGAACAAUGAACAAAAGAGCGCCGCGCGUGAGGAGUACGAGAAGACCGUCAAGCAAGCGGCUACAAAGCGGAUAACCACGAAGGCCGAGAUCGAGAACUGGCUCGAGCAAUGGGAGGCCGCAAUGUUGAAGGGACAAGAGGUCAACCUUGCCCAGACAAGGGACUUCAGCGAGUGGAGCGAGGACUUCCUAAAGGUCAUUGCGAAGACCGCUAUUUCUGCGUUCCACGCCACGUUCGAGGCGAAGUUCCACGAGUCGGACAACCCCUCGAUCAGCGAGAUCUCUGCGGAAGUACGACGAUAUAUACGAAUCCACGCAGAUACCCUAUCGACAGGACCAAGAGCCUCAAGAGGUGCCUUUGCCACAACAAGAGAAGGACCCAAGGAGACCAUGCCUCGGAGUACAACCAAGAAGCGACAUAGGGCCGCCGAUUCGCGGACCCAAAACGAGAUGCCAACGUGUCACGGAUGUGAUCUGCCACGACACCUACUUGCCAACUGCUUCUACUGCUUCCCAGAGGAAGCGUAUGAAGGAUGGAGGCCCAGCAACGACAUCAUGAAGAAGGUCACCGAGCGUCUCAAGGCCGAUGACGACCUCGCGGACCGCGUGAAGAAGAUCCGAUUCGUCACGCAGGCGAAGCAGCGCCACACAUCGUUUACACCGCGCAAAAGACUCGCAGGAAGACCGUUCAGAUGGCACCAGAGACUGGGUCACCCGGGCGAGGGGGUGCUGGAGCACCUCGUCAACGCCUCUCGAGGCGUGAAGAUCAUGGGUGACCUACGCAACAAGCUGCCUGACUGCUCAGCGUGUGGAAAAGGGAAGACAAGACGAAUUGUUCGACGUGCCCCACGCGAGUCUAUAGCGUGGGCAAAACCAGGAUCAAGAGUGGCGUUCGACUUUCACUCGAUUAGCCCUCAAGGAUACGGAGGCUAUAUGUCUACGGUAAUACUCUCUGACCGACUAACAGGAUACUCGUGGGACUACUACCUUAAGGACCGUACAACAGAGACGCUCCUCGAGGUAUUCGAUCUCUUCAUGGCCAUGAUGAAGACGCAAUAUAAUAUACAGGUCAAAGUCUUCGAAUGUGACCGCGAGGUUGCAACGAUUCAUCAGCAAGUCGCCACUCACCUUCAAUCUCAAGGGGUGGUCCUCGAACCCUCUGCGCCCAAUACGCAGGCCCAGAACGGAGGCGCCGAGCGAAUCGCAGCAGUUAUCAAGGAGAAGGCUAGGACCCUUCGCGAGGCAGGCAAGUUCCCUGAGAUGCUGUGGCCCGAAAUCGUUGCCGCCGCGACGUAUUUAUACAACAGGACGCCGUCAGCGGCGCGCGGCUGGAAAACGCCCUUCGAACGGUUCCAUAAUCAGUUUCGCGGCCCAGAUCUCGGGAAGCCUCAUCAAGCCCACCUUCGAGCGUACGGCUGCAAAGUGUAUGCGCUCACAACAGACGCACAGCUGGGCAGGAAUAAGUCGAGAAAGCUUCAACCGAGAGGAUGGAUAGGCUACCUCAUUGGGUACAGUACUAGCAACUCCUACCGCGUGUGGAAUCCGCUUACUGCCCGCGUUAUCACAACGCGAGACGUUGUGUUCAGGGAAACCGAGUUCUUUAAUAGAGAUAUCAACGAGCUGCGGGAUGACCUCAAAGACCUCGACGUGAACGAGCUCAACGCUCUUCUCGCGCGACUAGAGGUCUCGCCCACAGGGAUAACAUCUCCAGAGUACGCACACACCGCAGACGAAGAAGUCGAUGAAGUCCAGUACAUUGAAGACGAAGAGGCACAAGAAUACACCGCACCGCCGUCGCCUAAGUACGUGGAGUCACGAUUCGAACUCAAUACACCACCGCGGACGCCACCCACCUCGUUCUUCGCAGGCCUUGAGGAGGCACUCGGAGUGAAGGGGUGGAGGAAGAGACGUGCUUCGAUCGCUCCUGAGGCGGUUCAUGCACGCGAAUCGAUCCACGAAGAGUUUCCAAUUACCACUCCGCGUACCUCCUGGCAAGCCGCUUUCCUCGGCGGCACCAGAACGGGUAGAAAACGAGUGAAGAUGAAGCAAAAGGCGAAGAACGCCGAUACCAGCCUGGAAGCGGUAGCCCGUGUCAGGUGA